AUGAGAAACCUUCCAAUUCUGCUGUCGCUAUGUGUGGCCGUGUGCUCAGCCUAUCCACUGGACAGGGCUGCAAGGGACAAGGAAGACAGCAUGGAGUUUGUUCAGCAAUAUCUAGAAAACUACUACAACCUUGCAAAGGAUACGAAACAGUUUGUUAGAAGAAAGGACAGUAGUCCGGUAGUCAAAAAGAUUCAAGAGAUGCAGAAGUUUCUGGGGUUGGAGGUGACAGGAAAGUUGGACUCUGACACUCUGGAGGUGAUACGCAAGCCCCGAUGUGGGAUUCCUGAUGUCGGUUCCUUCAGAACCUUUCCUGGUAUGCCCAAGUGGAGGAAAACUCACCUUACCUACAGAAUUGUGAAUUACACAAAGGAUUUACCCAGAGAUGCUGUUGAUUCUGCCAUUGAAAAAGCUCUGAUGGUCUGGGAGGAGGUGACUCCACUUACAUUCUCCAGGAUCUAUGAAGGAGAAGCUGACAUAAUGAUCAUAUUUGCAGUUAGAGAACAUGGGGACUUUUUGCCUUUUGAUGGACCUGGAAAAGUUUUGGCUCACGCCUAUCCACCUGGAUCAGGGUUUUAUGGAGAUGCUCACUUUGAUGAUGAUGAACAAUGGACAAAGGAUACAUCAGGAAUCAAUUUAUUCCUUGUUGCUGCCCAUGAAUUUGGCCAUUCCCUGGGUCUCCAACACUCAACCGAACGUGAAGCUUUGAUGUACCCAGUCUACGACCCUCUCACAGACCUCACUCGGUUCCGCCUUUCUCAGGAUGAUAUCAACGGCAUUCAGUUCCUGUACGGGUCUCCCCUAGUUUCCCCUAAUGACCCCGUGGUGCCCACGGAAUCUGUGCCUCCCGAACCCGGGACCCCAGCUGCGUGUGAUCCUGCCUUGUCCUUCGAUGCAGUCAGCACACUGAGGGGAGAAAUCCUGUUUUUUAAAGGCAGACAUUUUUGGCGGAAAUCUUUCAGGACACUCGAACCUGAAUUUCAUUUGAUCUCUUCAUUCUGGCCAUCUCUUCCUUCAGGCAUAGAUGCCGCGUAUGAAGUUACUAGCAAAGACACGGUUUUCAUUUUUAAAGGAAAUCAGUUCUGGGCCAUCAGAGGCAAUGAGAUGCAAGCAGGUUACCCAAGAGGCAUCCAUACCCUGGGCCUUCCUUCAACAGUAAGGAAAAUAGAUGCAGCCUUUUCUGACAAGGAAAAGAAGAAAACGUACUUCUUUGCAGAGGACAAAUACUGGAGAUUUGAUGAGAAGAGACAAUCCAUGGAGCCAGGUUUUCCCAAGCAAAUAGUGGAAGAUUUUCCAGGGGUUGAACCAGAGGUGGAUGCUGUUUUUGAAGUAUUUGGGUUUUACUAUUUCUUCAAUGGAUCUUCGCAGUUUGAAUUUGACCCAAAUGCAAAGAAAGUGACACAUGUGUUGAAGAGUAACAGCUGGUUGAAUUGUUAG